GUCGGCCAUUUUGUGGAUGCCCUUUUAAGCCAUGGCGGAGAUGGAUGACGGCGACGAGCCGGGUUUGGUGCACACACACAGCGGUUCAUCGGGUCCUAAGUCGGGGGGAGAUAAAAUGUUUUCUCUCAAGAAGUGGAAUGCCGUAGCAAUGUGGAGCUGGGAUGUCGAGUGUGACACAUGCGCCAUUUGUAGGGUCCAAGUAAUGGAUGCAUGUUUGAGGUGUCAGGCAGAAAAUAAGCAGGAGGACUGUGUUGUUGUAUGGGGGGAGUGUAACCAUUCCUUCCACAACUGCUGCAUGUCUCUGUGGGUAAAACAGAACAACCGAUGCCCCCUGUGCCAACAAGACUGGGUCGUACAGAGGAUUGGCAAGUGACGAUGCCCACCCAAUUGUGUGUGCUCUCUGGCACCACCUGACUUUAAAGCUCAGGACUGUGAACGCUUCCUUAGCUGCUCAACGGAACAGUGAUGUGCAUGUUUGUGACGGUCAGGUGGAACCUGGAGACAUUUUAAUGGAACUCUUGACGAUGCUAGCUGCCUGUGUGCUCUGUCACCGUGCCCGGUAACAGGACACAAGGCUGAGCAGCACUGUGGAGCAGCAGUCUUACUUCACUGCCUGUGCAAGUGUGGAUGGUGAUUUUGCUUGUGUGUUUUAUUUGUGUUAUAAUAAUAAUAAUAAUAAUAUGAUGAUGAUUUAAGAAAAAUAAAAGUGUGUUAGGUCUGUCCGUGCUGUUGGUUGUGUAAUAAAGAGCCAGCUAGAUAUGCUUUGGAAUAGAUGUGCGUGUACAAUAUGCAAUGUUGUCUUUAACUCAACAGAAUUUGGCUACUUCUUUAAAGUUGCACUGAUCAUUUGUUACACUGAAAAUGUCCAACAAAAAGCAUCUUUUUACCUGUUACACAGUAUUGUCGCCAUGAGGUGAGUGGCGAAUAUAAAGGCAAACAGGUUGGUAGAAAUCGGACAACAAGCAAGAUGUAUAGCAGGAGACACUUCAGCAGGACUGACUUAUGGGUUUUUUUUUUUGUUUUCCACAAAUGACAAUAUGAGACCUGUUCAUUAUAAUCUAACAUCUUUUCAGUAAUAGCUGCCUCUUUAUUUUGGCUGUUUAAUAAACAGGGUUAAGUGAA